UGAUUUUUUUUUUGAGGAAUGAGCGCGGUAUAUCUCCUUCAUUAGAUCGCGUUCGCUUAUCUUCCUGCUCAGUUUAUGUAGUGCGCUCGUCAGGUUAAGAUCGCUGGCCGCUUCAGAAGUUUUUGUCGUUCGUAUCUCAACAUUUAUAAACACCGAACAUGCCUGGAAUUCAGCAUGAUAUCGACAUUCCAUUCAAAAAAGCCACAUUUGGAAUGGGAUGCUUUUGGGCCAGUGAUGCUCUAUUUGGUGCACAGCCAGGUAUACUAAGGACAAGAGUUGGGUAUGCAGGAGGUACCCUUAUCGACCCAGAAUACAGAAAAUUAGGAGACCACACAGAAGUAAUCGAAAUUGACUAUGAUCCAAAACAAAUUUCUUACGAAGAACUCCUUCAACUCUUCUGGGACAAUCACGAGUAUGGUUUAACUACAUGUGUCAAAAAGCAGUAUAUGUCCCUUAUCCUGUACCAUGACGACGAUCAGAAAAGAAUUGCUGAAAUAUCUGUAAAGAAAGAAUCACAUAAAAGAAAUGAAAAGUUGAUCACAACAAUACUUCCAGCUGGAAUCUUUUACCCUGCUGAAGAUUAUCACCAAAAAUACAGACUCCAACAACACUCUUGGCUAGUUGAAGAACUUGGUCUCACACCAGAACUCCUACAAAAAUCUCAUAUCGCAGCUAGAUUGAACGGCUACUUGGUCGGUGUUGGCAAAAUCGAGGCACUCGAAAGUGAUUGCGUAAAAUUGGGAUUACCAGAAAAAAUUUCCAACUAUGUACAUAAACAGUGGAAACAGAACGAGGGUGGUAGUUUGUACUGUUAAGACGAAAAAUUCAAUAAUUUAAGAUAAUUCUUUCUGUAUAUUUUCAUAUAAAAAAAUGACGAUUCAAAAAUAAAUUUUAUGCAUCAGUAA